AUGGGACAGCUGAACUUACCUCAAGACUUACCGCGGAGCACGAGUGAUGCAGUCCGGGUGUUUCUACCUGGAGCGUUUCGGGGUCCCCUUUUCCGCCGUCCGUCACCAGAAAGGAAAGCUGGAGUGAGUCAGAGCUCAAAAAGGGUAGCGCCUGGAGACAGCCCGGUCGAGGGCCCUCUGGAAGAGCCCCGACCCCCGGGGCGCCCAGGGCACGCUGUGGACAGGGCAGGAACCCCCGUGGGAUGGGCUGCACUGCUGUUGGGCGCCCGCAGCACGGUCACCGAGAUCCCCACCCGUGCUCGGCCGGGCGCCAAGGACGUGACGCCGGGGAACCGACACCCAUGGUGGGCUCGCGGCGGCGUGAGGGCGCCAGGCGGGCAGCUGGCUCCUCUCCAGGCACAGCAGCCCGGCCCGCGGCCGCCUCAGCCGGCUAGCAGCUCCCCGGCUCCUGCAGCCAGCCCUGGGCUCUGGGUCGAGCUUGCCCCGCCGCUUGUCCACAGCCUUCCAGUCCGCACCGCUCACCCGCCUCCGCGCAGCGCCAGGGGACAGAGCCCCAGCCGCGGGCUUCGGCUGGGGGAGACUGCCCCCAGUCCCGCCAGAGACCGUUCUCUGGCCAUCUGGCCAGCCCGUGCCCCCUCCCAGCUGCUCUGGAGCGCCGGGGGUCCCUGA